AAAGCCCGGGGAAAGUGCGUAGCCGCCGCUCGGAUCGGAGGACUACGUAGGCCCCCGGUUCGACCUUGUUGGCGGCGCCGAGACAGCGAGACCGCCUGGCAGAUGCAGUCGCGCUCGGACACGUCUCCAAAGGGUGCGCGCUGGUUGCUACUGCGCCAAGAGCGAACGCCGGCGUCGCCGGGGUCCGACAACUUGAGAUGAUCGGUGCACGCGGGGACAAGUGCAUUCGGAUCAAGACGCAUCCGUCGCACUCGAUCAUCGACAGUGUGCACGAGUGGGAGCGAGACGGCUUGUUUCCGGUGCUCCGCAAGGACCGGCGUGCGCAGGACGACGUCCCCGUCUCGCCGUCGAGGAGUAGCGGCGGCGCCGGCGAAGGCGAUGGGACGAAGACGUCGCCGAGCGCUCAGGGUUCUAACCGCAGUCGGCACCAGCCAGUCUUGCCUCCUCUCCCCAUCAUGGCGCCAAGGAGAUCGAAAGACUUGUUCUUCCCGGCCAUGAUCCCUGACCCGGACUACAGCGACUCUGAGGAAGAGCAGGACCCCCACCGGCGCCGCCCCCUCAGGAUGCCCGGCAUGGCCACGGGCAGCAUCCAGUCCGGAGAGAACAUGGGCCGGGUCCAGAUGGGCGAGGAUGGCCUCAUUGUUCCCCGCAAGCCCCUCAACCCCUGUGCAGAGUCUGCAGAGCGCAAGAACCUCCACAAGGAGCUCCUCUUCAACCAGAAGAUUGGCAAGAACGUGCUGGGCCAGAAGACGGAGCUUCAGAAAGUGAUGGAGAAGAUGAAGGACGAGCACAAGAGGAAGGAGCUGGAGGAGGAGCGGCAGCGGGGGCGCACGGCCCUCGAGAAACGCCUCGAGGAGCAGGCCAACAAGCUCAAGCUGCACGAAGAGACGGAGAUGGUCAAGGCCGACCUGGCCUCCUCAGAAGAGUCAGAGUUCCUUCGAGUUCACGCCCGAGUCUGUUCCCAUACGUUGCCCGUGGACUCUAAGUCGUAGUGGCGGCCGGUGUGUCUGCGGCCGGCCCUCCCAUAUCCUCCCCGAGAGACUUGUACAUAGCCCUUUCAGAUCCUUAUUAACAGAUACCAGAGGCAGCCUCUGAGCGCUGCUCUAUUUUUGCCUAUCGAGACCUCCCACGUACGGCGCACGGGGCGGGGCAUUCCUCCUGGACGAGAUGCUGUGUGCAUAGAGGCUUGCAGUCAUAGCUUAGUGAUGAGCCUGAAGCCCGAUUGAAGAAAUGCUGUUGACUAUAGUGUGUUCCAUGAAUGCCAAUAAAAAAAAAAGAAGAAAAAUGGAU